AUGUCAAAGCGCACUUCGACAGUCGCGUCAGGGGUCCGACGAGUGACCAGAAGCACUACGUCUGGGGCACUCAAAGGAGAGAAGAAAGCGCAGUUCAAAAAGGAGGACCAAGAUCAAGACGGCGUCACUAUCAAGCAGGAGCAGGGAACCCCUCGGAAUAAGCGGACUUCGCCACGUACAGAAGAAACACCUGUCAGGAAGAGGAUGAAGAAGGAGGAAGUGGAAGAUACUGGGCUAAUGAGCCCAUCCAUCUCGGGCGAUUUACCUGCGUCUGUGUCUUCUCCGAAGAAAUCUCCAUCGAAGAAAUCAGGACCAUCCGAUCUGAAAGCGAAGAAACUCAAGUCCUAUGCCCAGUUUGCCAAUGAAUCUCCAUUCCCUGACUUUCAUCAUCCGACACCAGAGGAAUGCAAACUUGCCCACAGGAUCCUCGCCUCCCUCCACGGCCCUCGGAUUCGCCCAAAAGAAGUCGUUGCCUCGACCACGCGAGCAGGCUGCGGCGACUCUCCCACCGUACUCGACGCGCUGGUCCGCACCAUUCUCUCCCAAAACACGAGCGACGUUAACUCGACGCGGGCCAAGAAGAGUAUGGACAAGGUGUAUGGAGGGAGUGAUAAAUGGGACGCUAUCGUUGCUGGAGGUCAAGCCAAGCUCCAAGAAGCCAUCAAAUGUGGCGGACUCAGCGCGGUAAAGAGUAAAGUCAUUAUGAGCAUCUUACAACAGACGAAAGAAAAGUAUGGCAAGUAUUCCCUGGACCAUCUCCAUGACGCGUCCAGUGAAGAGGCCAUGCAAGAGAUGUUAUCCUUCCAGGGUGUGGGACCCAAGACGGCCAGCUGCGUGUUGCUCUUCUGUCUCCAGCGCGAGAGCUUCGCUGUCGAUACGCAUGUCUGGCGCAUUACAGGCUUGCUAGGUUGGCGACCCAAGAAUGCUUCGAGAGAUGAGACACACGCGCAUUUGGACGUCAUGAUCCCGGACGAGGACAAGUACGGGCUGCAUAUCCUCCUCGUCACGCACGGAAAGAGGUGCGAAGAAUGUCGGGCAGGAGGCAAAAAUCUGGGCAAAUGCGAGUUGAGAAAGGCCUUUCGGCAGAAAAAGAUGCAGGGCGAAGCAGGAGAAGAAGCGCAGCAAGAGGAGAGAGAUGCAGUUAAGGAGGAGGAGGCGGAAGACUGA